AUGGCCCACGCGAGACUGUUUCUCAGUCUCGGCCUCCUCGCCGGCCUCCUGCCGAUGUUAGCCGCUUGUCCCCCCAAGUGUCACUGCCACGGGGACCUGCAGCAUGUCAUCUGCGACAAGGUGGGGCUGGAGAAGAUCCCCAAGAUGUCCGAGAAGACCAAGCUGCUCAAUCUCCAGCGCAACCACUUCCCCGUGUUGGCUAUGAACUCCUUUAAGGACAUGCCCAACCUCGUGUCGCUCCACCUGCAACACUGCCGCAUCCGCGAGGUGGUCAGGGGCGCCUUCCACGGCCUCCACCAGCUCAUCUACUUAUACCUGUCCAACAACGACAUCCGGGUGCUGCAGCCGGGCGCCUUCGAGGACCUGACCGAGCUCACCUACCUCUACCUGGACCACAACAAGGUGACUGAGCUGCGCCCUGCGCUCUUCUCCACUCUGCCCAACCUCUUCAUCCUACAGCUCAACAAUAACAAGAUUCGAGAGCUGCAGCCCGGCACUUUCCAGGGUGCGAAGGAUCUGCGCUGGCUCUACCUGACUGGUAAUUCCAUCAGUUCUCUGCACGCCAAUGCCUUGGAUGAUGUGGAGAACCUAGUCAAGUUGCACCUGGAUAGGAACCAGCUCUCCAGCUACCCCUUAGCCGCCCUGAGCAAGCUGAGGGUGUUGGAGGAACUCAAGCUAUCCCACAACCGUCUGAAGAACAUUCCUGCCAAAGCCUUCCAGUCCUUUGGCAAAUACCUGGAUAUCCUCUGGCUGGACCACGCCCACCUGGAAAAAUUCACAGAUGAUGCCUUCCUGGGUGUGACAUCACUGAAGCAUGUCCAUCUGGAGAACAACCGCCUGAGUCAGCUGCCCUCCAGCUUCUCCUUUGAUAACCUGGAAACCUUCACCUUCAUCAACAACCCCUGGAAGUGUACCUGCCAGCUCCAUGGCCUUCGGCGGUGGCUAGAUUCCAAGAAUAUUCACUCGGAUGCCACUUGCGACACACCCAUCAAGUUUAAGGGGCAGCACAUCCGUCACACGGAUGCCUUCCGCAGUUGCAAAUCUCCCACCAAGAGGUCCAAGAAAGCUGGCCGCCAUUAAACAGGUCCUGACCCAGCCAGUCCUGGUGACUGGCCUCUGCCUUCUGCUGGAGAGACUACUGACCUUCCCACUGCCGCCU